AUGAAUCAAGAGCGCGAGGCUUCUUUGGGCCUCGAUAAGGAUAUCGAACUUGUUCAGCACACCGAGGCUGUCACGCUUUUGUCGGGCCUCUCAGAAGAGGAAUCGAAUUGGCUGGCUACAUUCCCAGAGGAUAAGAAGAGAAGGGCAGUACGAAAGGUCGACAUACGUCUCAUACCACUGUUGGCUUUGCUUUAUCUAUUGUCAUUUUGCGACAGAGCAAAUGUUGCCAACGCCAACAUUGCUGGUCUCUCAACGAGCCUUGGUCUCAAGGGAAUACAAUAUAACAUCGCCGUUUCAGUGUUUUUCAUCCCUUAUGUACUUUUCGAGGUGCCUAGCAACUAUAUCCUCAACAGGCUGAGCAAACCGUCUCGAUACAUUGGCUCCAUCAUCAUGCUAUGGGGUGCCAUGAUGACCAUCAUGGGCGUUGUGAAGAAUUUCGGGGGGCUUGUUGGGAUGCGAUUUCUACUCGGUGCGGCAGAAGCUGGCUUCUUUCCAGGUGCCGUGCUCAUCAUCUCCAAAUGGUACACCAGGAACGAAACGCAGACCAGGAUCGCUCUCUUCUACAUGGCAAGCGCACUCGCAGGAGUAUUCUCCGCUCUCCUUGCCUUUGCAAUCGCCAAGAUGGACGGUGUAGGCGGCUAUGCCGGAUGGCGAUGGAUCUUCAUCCUCGAGGACCUCGCAACUGUCCUUGCUGGAGUCUUGGCUUUUUUCUGCUUGAUCGAUAGUCUAGCCAGCUCCGGUAAAUGGCUCGAUCCCGAUGAAAUCAAGUACCUGGAACUUCGCCUAAUAGCUCAGAACGGCAGGAGCAACCCCGAAGAGAAGGCCAAAUCUGUCGACUGGAAGACACUUCGUGAUGUUGUGUUUGAUUGGCAGAUUUAUCUCCAAGCUCUCAUCUACUGGUCCAACACGGUGCCCAACAAUGCGCUGAAGUUCACGAUGCCCCAGAUUAUUCGCGAGAUGGGGUUUACUUCUUCGAACGCCCAGCUACUCACCAUCGGGCCUUACUUUGCCGGUGCCGUGAGCGCAUACCUCUCAGCUAUCUUCGCAGACCGCUUUACCUGGCGCAUGCCGUUCAUCGUGGUGCCUCAGCUUCUCGUUGUCUGCGCCUACGCUAUCCUUUUCGCCUUGGCCGCCAACAUCGCAGACCACAUUCCGGCGUGCUUCUUCGCUAUCGUUCUUGCUUGCAUUGGCCUCUACCCAAUCAACCCCGGCGGCAAUGCGUGGACAGUAAACAAUCUUGCUGGAUCUACAAAGCGAGCCAUCGGUCUCGCGUAUAUGAUCUGUCUCGGGAAUCUGGGAGGAAUCGUUGGGAGCUAUAUUUUCAUCGAAAGCGAGGCCCCAAGGUACCCCACCGGGUACGGCUGUUCGCUUGCGUUCGCUGCGUUGGGUGUAGGGGCAUGUAUCAUCCUCGAACUUGUGUAUUACCUUACGAACAAGAGAAGGGCUACUUUGUCCGACUCGGAGGUCAUUGCGAAGUGGAGUGAAGAGGAACUUGAGGCCAUGGGUGAUAGGUCUCCGCUAUUUCGAUACACGCUGUAG